AUGGCCGACGCAGGCUUCUUUCGAGGAACAAGCUCAGAUCAAGAUGGCCGAUUUUCAGACAAGGAAAAAAAGUUGCUCAAACAGAUGAAAUUCGAAGACACAUUAGAACGGAAGAUCAAUAUGGAUAAAAUCAACUUGGACGUCAUAAAACCGUGGAUUACGAUGCGCAUCAACGAAAUUCUUGGAAUAGAAGAUGACGUUGUGAUCGAAUAUAUCAUGAGCCAGUUGGAAGAAAAAACUAUUAACCCUAAAAUAAUGCAGAUAAAUAUUACCGGAUUCCUGAACGCAAGACGUGCUCGUGAGUUUAUGGGAGAAUUGUGGAUGCUAUUGAUUGAAGCGGACGAAUCUGAGGACGGUAUUCCUCAAAGUCUCAUUGAAAAGAAGAUUAAUGAAAUGCGAAAGGAACCACGUUCAACUGGCAAUGGAGACGCCGAGGUGGUUGAACGCACCCCCCAAUCAGAGGACUGGGCAAAAAGGUAA